AUGGCUAAGCUUAGUGCCCGCAUUGCGGUCCUGGUGCUGCUGUUCAGCGCGACUGCUCUCGCGGGGCCCCUGCGCACCGCUGGCGUGACCAAACCCCUGCCCAGCGCCACCAGCCGCCGGCUGACAAGCCAGGCAGAUUUCUUCGGCGGACGCCAGUUCGGCGGACAGCAGUUUGGAGGCUUGCACCACGGCUCGGCCGCUGACCAGGCUGCAACCAUCACCAGCGCCACAGAGGCCGCCACUGAGAACGCCUUGCAAUCCGCCGACGCCAGGGCCGCAGCCAUCGCCUCCGGCGCUCCAGGGGCGCAGCCCUCUGGCGAGAGGGGUGACCCCACCGUCAGCGGCCUCAUCCGCACCGACCCGCUCGCCGCUGCGCGCGCCAUUGCGGGGCCCGGCAUGGACGCGGAUAAGGCCGCGUGGUCCCUCAUGAGCGCAGCAGAGUCUGGCGCCGCAGCUGACGUGGGCAAAGUGUUCGCCCACACCGCGGGCCUGGACCAGGGCUGCUUCACUGAACUGCUGACGAAGAGCGCAGCCACAGCCAUGGCUGAGGAUGCCGACAUGCAGGCAGGCUUUGUGUCAGCCACGGCGGCGGCGUUUGGGGCGGCGAAUGCACAGGGCAAUUCGCUGCGUUUUGCCUUGGGAACAGCCGACGCGAUGGCGCAGGCGCGCGGCGAGCUCAGCUCGGACCUUACCAACUUGGUUGGCUCGGCCAUGGCCAAGGCCGUGGCCACUGGUGACGACGGCGCAGUCGUGGAGGCCACCGCCACCGUGUUCUGCAGCGCCACCACAGCUCAGGCCAAGGCGUGGAGCGAGGCGGUGGCGCAGAGCGUGAAGGUCAACCCUGUGACGGGCUGCGCGAUCGUUCAGCGCAUGGUGGCGCGGUCCCAGGCCACGUGCACCAAUGGUGUGGCCUCCACCAAUGCUCAGAGCUUUGUGACUCGCCAGGUGCUGCCUGGUUCAUGCAACGUCCUUGGCGCGGCUGCUGGCGGCUCCGUCCCCGUCCAGCAGCAACAGCAGCCACAGCAGCAGCAGCCGCUGCAGCAGCCGCUGCAGCAGGUGCAGCAGCCGCUGCAGCAGGUGCAGCAGCCGCAGCAGCAGCAAGCUGCGCUGCCAAUGCUGCAGGCCAACAACGCCGGCGCUUGGAGCAACAUGGUGGGCGGCGGCUUCCCUGGCGGCAUGGUCACUGGCGGAGCCCGCGCGUUUGCCACUGCGCAGAGCUCGACCCUCCUGCUGGUGCUGUGCAGCAGCGGCACCCUGGCCGCGCCCCUGCGCACCGCCGGCGUGUCCACACCCCUGCCCAGUGCCGCCAAUGGACGCCGGCUGCUGGGGCAAGACUGGGGUGGGCGAGGACGCCUGUUCAACUUCUUCGCCAACCGCUGGCUGGCACGCCGCGGCGUCACCCCUGCGACUACGGUGGCUCCAUCCACGGCCACAGCCACCGCCACCGCCGCGGCGGGGACGCAGCACGCAGCCCCCAGCGGGGACCCCACUGUCAGCCGCCUCAUCCGCGCCGACCCACUCGCCGCGGCGCGUGCCAUCACGGGGCCCGGCAUGGACAUGGACCAGGCCGCGUGGUCGCUGAUGAGCGCGGCAGAGUCUGGCGCCGCAGCGGACGUUGGCAAAGUGCUUGCCCACACCGCGGGCCUGGACCAGGGCUGCUUUACUGAAGUGUAUGCGAAGAGCGCAGCCACUGCAAUGCACGAGGGCGCCGACAUGGAGGCCGGCUUCGUGUCAGCCACAGCGGCGGCGUUUGGGGCGGCGAGCGCACAGGGCAGCACGCAGCGCUUUGCCCUGGGGGCAGCCGACGCCGUGGCGCAGGCACGCGACGCGUGGGGCGGGAAGUUUGGCUCUGAGUUUUCCAGCAUGGUCGGUUCCGCCAUGGCCAAGGCCGUGGCUGACGGCAACGGUGGCGCAGUCGUGGAGGCCACUGCCACCGUGUUCUGCAGCGCCACCACCGCACAGGCCCAGGCGUGGAGCGAGGCGGUGGCGCAGAGCGUGAGGGUCAACCCCGCAACAGGCUGCGUGAUUGUUCAGCGCGUGGUGGCACGCGCCCAGGCCAUGUGCACUAACGGUGUGGCCACCAGCAAUGCUCAGAGCUUUGUGAACAGCCAAGUGUUGCCUGGUUCGUGCAAUGUCCUUGGCUCGGCGCCCGGAAGCUCCUUUCAGCAGCAGCAGCAGCAGCAGCAGCAGCAGCAGCAGCAGCAGCAGCAGCAGCAGCAGCAGCAGCAGCAGCAGCAGCAGCAGCAGCAGCAGCAGCAGCAGCAGUGGCCGCAGCAGCAGAUCGUGCAGGCUCAGGCUCAGGCCAUGGCCACAGCUGGCCCCUCAUUCCUGAACAGCAGACAUUGA